UUGCUAUUAUUUCUUGAGUUCUUUAUCAGCAAUCGGCCUAACAAAGUAAACCUAGUGGUCUUUAAAAUUGGAAUUCUAAAAUAUUUUAACUUUAAAUAUUAUAGAAAUCCGAAGGCCCCCGAUCGGCAAGUUGAUCUUGAAAAUGGAAUUACAGGACCUGGUGGAUGUCUGUGUGCGGGACGAAAUUGCUACCUUGCUGCAUUUUUGGAAAUGUCACAAUUAGAAACCGGCCAUAUCCUCGUAUUUCAGAUUACUGACAAGUUCUACGACGCAGCCUUAAUGAUGGUGAUUGAUGAUAUCACCGAGGCGAUAGUUGUCGUUGUUCGAGGAACUUUGUCGGGCACAGACACGCUGAUUGAUCUAGUUGCAGCUGGAGAACCACUUCGUGAUGAAGACUAUAGUCUCCCUAACGAUCAGAAGCUCAUCGCACAUAGUGGAAUGGUUCGAACGUCAAGGAACAUUGCCAAUAAAAUCAUUGAAGAUAAGUGGAUUGAGUCGGCGAAAGCGUUGAGACCGAAGUAUCCCUUGGUCAUUACUGGACACAGUCUUGGUGGUGGUCUCGUAUCGCUGAUGUGUGUAUUCUUGAAACCUCACUUCCCGGAGAUCAAAGCCUAUGCAUUCAGUCCUCCUGGUGGUCUCAUGAAUAAAAAUCUGGCGGAGUUCACUCGAGAUUAUCUGUGCUCGAUCACCUACGGUUACGAUCUUAUAGGUCAUCUCGAUAGUCAGACAAUGGAGGAUCUGCGGGCACGAAUAUUCCAUGCACUCUGUGUAUACAGGACACCAAAAUUCCGGGCACUCACUAACCAGAUGUGUCUGACCAUCACAAGAAAUCUCGUUUGCAAAUCAAAAUUGCCGCAAGUAAUUAGGUUGGACGCAGUGACAGGGAGUAAACUCAUCGAUCCUGACAUGAAUGAUGCCUACGAGACUCCUAUUGGAUCAAAAUUCAAACCCCAUCUCAAGGAUAGAGUAGUCGGUUCAACAAAGGUUGACCGUUUAUAUGUUUCUGAUCGUUCGCUAAUGAGAUGGAAGAAACCAGACUGUCAUUCUCUCCUUGUGCUUCCUCGUCCCUACCCCAAAAGCCUCUAUCCCGAGUGCUUACUCGAACCUAAAAAGCACAAUUUGUACACUUUGGACCUGCUGAUGGAAUCCAUGCUACGUCCAAUUCCUUCCGGUCGUCUUCUUCACAUUAUCGAAGUAGACAAGGAAUUUGAAGUAGAGGGCGAACAGUCAUAUAAAAAGCCUGGUUAUCAACCCCCACCAAUUGCCAUAUGGUCCAAUGCGGAGACUUUCAACAGUAUCCUAAUUCAUCCAAAGAUGAUCUUCAAUCACUCGCCUAUCUACGUAUCCACGGCGUUGAAUCGUCUCUAUGAUAGCAUUAUGCAUCCAAGGAAAAUUUUUUGUAAAAUUCACCUUAAUACUUACUACAAGGAGGCCAAAUCGGUUCCAGGAAUUGAACGAAAAUAUGCCGAUCAUUGUAUAGACAAUUACUGUCGUGUAAGGAAGCUCAAAUGA